AUGAAACUCUGUGUUUGACCCGGAUGGUUAGACUGAAGGCAAAAUAGUGGUUGGUUGGUGGUUGGCUUCAACAACAUUUCAUUGACGGCGGUUGGCUGGCUUUAUCGUUCGUUCAUCGUUGUUGUUGUGUUCGUUCAUUCAUUCAUUAGGCAUUUUUUUCAGAUGAACAUCUGUCAUACAAACUGUGUAGAAUAACCAACAGUUAACGAUUAUAAUAACAGCCAACGACCGAACAAAAUCAAUCGAAUCAAAAUUUCUGAGGGUCAUUGGUUGUUUGUCGAUAGGCACGUGGUCUUUUCCAAUACAAAAAUAUAAAAAUUGUUGUUUUUCUGGGACUUUUAACGGAAAACCGAAAAGAGAAACAAACAGCAGCAGAUGCUUUUGGGAAUAAAUUUUUUUAAUAUUUAGUACUUUCAAACAAAGAGCCAUUGAAUUGAACGCGUGUUUGAUACGAAAUGUGUUUUGACGCGUGUCUGGCUCGCGUCAUUGUCGAAUAAAAAUUACCACCCGACACAAACACACACACACACAAAAAAAAUGACAGCUGCUAUAUUUGGACCAAUUUAGGAUCUGGUAGUUUGUUGAAUCUGGUAGUAAAAUCUGUUGAUCUCAUCAUGACCGUUGGAUUUUUUCAUUUGGAUUUUGACUUUCGAAUUAGACGGACGGAAUUUUCUUUUUUUGUUUGCCUUCGAAUUUCAACUAUAUAUAUUAAAUUAUGGUCAUCUACGAAAAAUUAUCACCCAUUAUGGCAAUGAGUCAACGAUAUUUUUCCGGUUUCAAUACGAAUCGUAGUCAAAAACGUUUCGGUAUCUGCGCAAGUCCUGGUUUUGAAUUUGCUUGUUUUGAAUCACCUGUACAAGUAUGGCUUAAUGAAUUACAAUCAUUAACUGAAGUUGAAAGUCUUAGUGCAUUGCAAGCAAAAUCGGUGGCCACAACACCAGAAUCAUUUGAAGCAUUAUCCAUUCGAAAUGCACAGGUUUCCAUUCAACAGAUACGUCAUAAUUCCACCAUUAUUAUUGAUGAAUUAGAUUCACUGAUCGAUUCAUUACCCGUUUAUUGUGAUGGUCUUUGUUAUUAGGAAAAAUUUCAUGAUACAUUUCGAAAAAUACAAUCAUUAAUUGAAAUUUGUAAACGUAAAGGAUGUGAUUAUGUGGCCAAUAAACAAUUAUCCAUCGAUGUAAUUGUUAUUUGUGAACAAACAAUAAGAUUUAUGAAAAAUUUUUUAUGGAAACAAAAUGUUAAUAAUGCACAAAUUGAAGCUAAUGUUCGUAAAUUGAAAGAAAGUUUCGGUGAAUUGGUCGAUGUGACUAUUAAAAAAGAAUCAUUGAUUCUUGUAUCAUCAUUGAAUAAAAAAACUAGUCGUCUUUGUUUAAAAUGGUCACUAUUAGCAUUAUGGCAACUAACCCAAAAGGAUCCAUACAUGUGUCGAUUGUUUAUUGAAAAUCAAAAAAUUAUCAAUUAUCUUCUGGAUAUUGUACAAAAUUAUUGUAACGUUUCUUUGAGUGAAUCAUAUCAGAUUAAAGCAGCUGCAUUACGUGUUCUAACCUAUUUAUCGGCUAAUCGUGAUGCUGUACGACAAAUUUUACGUGAAUUUAUUGGCAAUAAAUGUUUGAUUUCAAUGAUUUUAAAUGAAACUGAAGAAAUGGUUCAAAGAGAAAUCGUUGGAUUUCUUGUUCAAGUUACCACAGUUUUUAUUGAUAAUAAUAAGGAUAAAAUAAUCAAUAUGGAUGAGAUGGGAAGUUUGAAUAGUAAAUCAUUGAUAAACGAAUUGGUAAAUGGUUUGACGGAUAUAUUGAAAACAGCCAUUAAUGAUCAGAUAUUUUUGAUGGCAUGUGCUGCCCUGGCCAAUGUAUCGUUUAUGAACACUGAUUCUUUAAUCAAAUAUGAUACAUUAACCAUUGUGCUGAAUUCAGCAAGACAACGAUUCGAAUCAAGUGAUCAACCAUUAUUAAAAGAUCAGAUAAUAACAUUGUUGGCAAAUAUGUCUCAAAAACAUCAAUUACUGGUUGUAAGUAGUGGUGGCCUAAUAUUUCUAAUACAAACAUUAUUGACUGUGAACGCAAUCGAUGGAAUGGAACGAACAAAAAUGUUAUCGGUGGAAAGGAUACAGCAAAAAAUUGCCGUAGCAUUAGCAAGAUUGGGUACACAUAAAAGUACGGCAAAAAUUAUCUACAAAUUAAAUGGUGUUUCACGUUUAAUACAACUAUGUAAAGAACCAAAAGAACGAAAUUAUAGCGACACAGUGUUAUUAGCAUCAAUAGCUGCAUUGAAACGAAUCGCACAAUCGAUUGGUCGUUUAGCAUUCAAAGAAUUGAAUGCAUGCGAUUUAAUUGAUUCAAAAUUACAGGAUACAUUCAUACAAUAUUCGAUAAAAAAUGAAUCAUUAGUUUGAUUCAAUUCA